AGCCAUAUGACUGAAGAUGGACGGAAGAGCGGACCAAUGGAAAUCUGGCUCCCGCCUCCAAGCGGGCCUGCCGGCAACUUCCGGAUUCGUAGGCCCUCCCCCUUUUAUCCCGGAAACAAGGGAUGAUGAGCAAGUCUGUGGGCGGGUGAAGCCUCUUCACCUCCACCCCGCCCGAGAGAGCCUGGAGCCGCUGUGGCGCGGGCUCGGAGCGUCUACGGCUGCUCUGUCUCCCUCUUGCGGCUUCGGAGCUAGCGCGAUGUCGCCCCCGCUGGAUUCGGGGAGCGCCGAGGAGCCCUCCGGGGACCUCCGCAGCGUCUUGGUCACCAGCGUGCUCAAUCUGGAGCCGCUGGACGAAGACCUGUACAGGGGGAGGCAUUAUUGGGUACCCACAAGCAAAAGGCUCUUUGGAGGUCAGAUUGUUGGCCAGGCCUUGGUGGCUGCAGCCAAAUCUGUGAGCGAAGAUGUUCAUGUUCAUUCCUUGCAUUGCUACUUCGUGAGAGCAGGGGACCCAAAGGUGCCAGUAUUGUACCAGGUGGAACGGACACGCACAGGAGCCAGUUUCUCUGUACGCUCAGUGAAAGCCGUGCAGCAUGGCAAGGCCAUCUUCAUCUGCCAGGCUUCAUUCCAGCAGGCCCAGCCCAGCCCUGUCCAGCACCAGUUCUCUAUGCCGCCCAUCCCCCCACCAGAGGAGCUUCUUACCCAUGAGGAGCUCAUAGACAAAUGCAUAAGGGACCCUGAGCUACGGAAAAAGUAUCAAAUAGGGUUGAACCGAAUUGCUGCCCAAGAAGUGCCCGUUGAAAUCAAGCUGGUGGACCUCCCCAUCCUGGGUCAACAGAAGGCCAAGCAGAUGUUCUGGGUUCGAGCUCGGGGCUACAUCGGGGAAGGAGACAUGAAGAUGCAUUGCUGUGUGGCUGCCUACAUCUCUGACUAUGCCUUUCUGGGCACUGCCAUGCUCCCCCAUCAGCAUCGCCACCAGGUCCGGUUCAUGGUCUCCCUUGAUCACUCCAUGUGGUUCCAUGCCCCCUUCCGAGCUGACCACUGGAUGCUGUAUGAGUGUGAAAGCCCCUGGGCUGGUGGCUCUCGAGGACUGGUUCAUGGGCGUCUGUGGCGACGAGAUGGAGUCCUGGCUGUAACAUGUGCCCAGGAGGGUGUAAUCCGGCUGAAGCAGGAGCUGGAGAGUAAGCUGUAGAAAGAAGCUGCCCCUAGAUUUCUUGAAUCCAUCCCUGUAUUCUGUUCUACCAACUGUGGGCAGGGGCUGUGCCCCUUCCAUUCUUUGCUCAUAAUAAAGAUAGGUACCAUUUGGA